AUGGUAAAGAUGCUGCAGCCAGCCAAACUCUCGCGUUCUGCUGGGAAAAAAAUCCAAGUUAAAACCUUCCCAGGGGCCAAAAUAGCGGACAUGGAGCAUUACGUACAACCAACGCUACGUACAAAGCCCAAUACGAUUAUCUUACAUGUUGGUACAAACGACAUACAGAACAAGAAACCAGAGGAGCUAGCAGCCGAAGCGAAGGCGUUAUGUCAAGGUAUAGUAAAACGGAAUCCUACUUGCGAAAUAGCUAUCUCAGAAAUUGUAAAACGACAAGAUCCGAUGUUAAACACUAAGAUUCAUGAAACUAAUAAAUUGUUAUCGAAUCUUUGCGAAGAAUCAAAUUGGUACUUUAUUGAUCACAGCAAUAUAAACACUAGACAUCUUAAUGGAUCAGGUUUACACCUAAAUAGGCAAGGUACAGCCUUACUGGCAAAAAACUAUAUCAAUUUUUUUAAAACUUGA